AUGGCUCAACUGCUGCGUCGGAAAAUUCUGCAAUGGCUGCGCGGUGGAGCGAAGCGCGUGUCCAUGGGUGCACAUGGGCGUGAUCGUCGUGUUCGCAACUUCCCCCAGGCCAAAUCAAAGUCCAGGUUGCUGAAAAGGCGUUUGCCUGGAGCUCGUGCUGAGGAUGUGGAAGCUGUUGCUCCUCUUGUAGCAGCAGGAAGUGGGGCAGGCUCUUCCACAGAUCCUGUUCUCCCUGUCCAGAAGCAGCAUUUGAAAGCCAAGCAGCGGAAAGACAAAGUGCCGUACACACGUGAUCGCAGCCCCAACCAAAAACGGGGACGGCAAGCCACCCUGUCCAGAUCGUCUUUGAAAGAGCGAUUUUCCUUGGACGGAAUCCUCACAUCAACUCCCAUUGAGAUUACCGAAAUUGCGAUUGAUGUUGGCAUCUUGAAGAACAAAGCCACUGAGCAGUGCCUUGUGCUUGGCAUUGACCAUCGCUCUACAAGAACACUCUUCGACAACUUCCGAAAGUUUCUCACUCCCAACAAUACCUUACAUCUUGGAGGAUUAGGUUGUGAUGUGGAGCUCGACGAGAUCAGCUUUCGCAGCAAAACAGUCGGCGAGAGAGUUGUUUGGAUCCGGUAUUUGGCGAUUGCCAGGCGUGGCAGCAGCAAAAUCUGGCUAACUCAAUUGCCAUACCGCAUCACCGAAGGCGGCCAAGGCGGCGGUGGCCCAAUUAGUUUGGAGGAGCUGAAGUCCGCAAUCUUGUUGGAAGAUGGUGACAGCAGGAUCUGCCACGGCUCAGUUUGCCACACAGAUGGGGCGCGAACUUACAAACAGCUCGGAGUCAUGGACAGUCCUUUGCUGGACAGGGAAGUCUUGGAUGUCGAGUUUUCGGAUUUGCACUUGGCCCACACUGCUGUGAAACACAAGCCACCGAGGCCAGAGUUUGCGAAGACGUUUCAGAUCACGGUGUGGACUGGCUCUGCUUGGGUUCAGGAAGAAAGACAAGGUGGGACACAGAAGUUAGAUGGCUUCUUUGCCAGCUUCCGACGCGAAGUUGGCCGCAGGCCGUUUAACACGGCUGGACCCAGUCUUCAGACAGCCGCCAACAUGGAGCAGCACUUGCACGAACGAGUGCGCUGUUUCCAACUUGACUAUUGGUUGUCGGGAAGCGACUUGUUCCAGGUCUUCGGAGCUUUGCGGAGUGCAGAGUUGAGUGGUGGAGCAUCGUGGGCAACUUUGGCACCCUUUCUGGCAGACCGGGCAAGUGCCAAGAAGGAUGAGGGCAUCAUUGAAACCAUUGAGAGUGGCUCCGAUGAGUAG